UCUUUCAUUAAAGACAAGUGAGCAAGACGAAAAUCAACCAACUGGAGAUUCAAGAUGAAAUACUCUGCCAUUCUUUCAUUUUUGUUCUUCAUUGUCUUUGCCACGAUCAAAGUUUGCUUGGCAGACCCAGACAAUCUUCAAGACUCCUGUCCAGCAGUUCCUCCGGAAAAGCAGACCAUAUUCAUAAAUGGUCUUCCAUGCAAAAACCCAGAAAAUAUAACUGCUCAAGAUUUUAAGACCUCAGAAUUAAGCAAAGCUGGUUCUACUGACAACAUUUUCUCUUCCUCCAUGAAGAUUGUGGGUGCUUCAGCGUUUCCAGGCCUGAACACUCUUGGACUCUCCAUUGGCAGAGCUGAUAUUGAUGCAGAUGGUCUUAUAACUCCUCAUUAUCAUCCAAGAGCAACUGAGAUCAUCUUUGUCACCAAAGGUCAAUUGGCGGUUGGAUUCAUUGACACCAAAAACCAGCUCUUCCCGAAGUUUAUCGGCUCAGGUGAAGUGUUUGUGUUUCCCAAGGGUUUGUUCCACUUCAUUCUGAAUCGUGGUUUUGAAGCUGCUACAGUUAUCUCAGUGUACAACAGCCAAAAUCCAGGGUUGGCGUCCUUCACUUCUGCACCAUUUGAUAACACAUUGGAAUCAUUAGAGAAGCUAAAGAUAAGACUUACAUCACUCUCUGCCUCAGAAAUUCACAACGUUAACGAUUCGAGUUCGUCAGGAUUGGACAAUAUCUACUUUUAGCCAUAGCAGACUGUUGUCACAUCAGUUCCAAAAUCAUAGUGCUAUUGGUUUUUACAGUGUUACUAUUUAUUGAAUGAACGUGUAAGUGCACGUUGGUGAAAUGUGUUCGUGGGUAAUGUAAAUCCUUGUGCCACAUUUGUAUUCCAGUUUGCAGUUUUAUGACAGCUAGUGGGGCACUCUUUAGAGCAGGCUCCCACAUUGUUUGUCGAAAGUACUAAAAAAUUUUAAUAAUGGAUUCAAUGCUGUCGAACUGUUC